AUGCGGUUCAACUACUGUGUAGCUGUGUUGGGUUGCCAGAGUUUCUCCUCGGGGAAGCACUAUUGGGAAGUGGAAGUUGGCAACAAGCUCUCUUGGACCUUAGGCCUGGUUAGCGUUUCUAUCAACCGCAAAGGCAAAAUCGCUGCCUCCCCUGGUAGUGGAUACUGGGUAAUCCGGCUGCGAAAUGGCAUGGAGCUCAUGGCCAAGGACGACCCGCCUCAAAGGCUGUGCCCCACAUCCUUCCCCAAGACAGUUGGGGUUUAUCUGGACUAUAAUGGGGGCCUGGUGUCUUUCUGUGAUGCUUCUACCAUGGCCCACCUUUACACUUUUGCGAGUUCUAGGUUCAAAGGGAGGUUGUGCCCCUAUUUUUGCCCUGGGCUGUACAAUUCAGGGAAAAAUGCAACCCCCUUAAAAAUAUGCCACCUUCCACUAUGGUAG